GUAAAUUUAGGUAGAACGUGGGAGUGAACAAACAGCCGUGACCUUGUAACUACUGUACAACAUACCAUUACGAAUAUCAAACCAACGUUUUUUUUUAUACUUUAUCAAAACCAAUAUUUCCACUUUAUUAGCUUUAUCAAACUCAUGUUUUCCGCUUUAUUAGCUGAAAUAUUUUCUAUAUCGGUUUUGAGGGUUUGUUCUAAGUACAGCCUAUACUACUGUCAUUUAAUUAACUCUGUGUUUAUAUAUGCAUGCGUACGUGUUGAUUGCCAUUUCAUUGAUAUGUAUAUAUAUGAACUCUUGGGUUGGAUUAACGGGAACUUGUAUACACAUUUUCAUUACAAAAUUCCUUUGGAAAGUAAUAUAAUUCUUUUUCUCAAAGUGUUUACUUUGCUGGGUCUAAUGUAUUAAGGGGCAAAAAUAACAAAGGUAUAAAAUAUGAUGCAGGUAUGUGAUAUGACCAAGAGAUGGAUUCGAACCACGAACAUCACGUACCACGGAUAGUCAUGUUAACUGUAAAGUAAAGUGCAUGUCUACGACGUAUUUUUAGAGGGUAUAAUAAUUUUUCUAAGCAUUUUUGGUUCCAGGUGUCAAAUUUUUGAAGUAACGGUAAUUCAUUUUAAGGUCAUAGAAGCCUCGUGAAAUACAUGUACGUAUGGGUCAGUGCUUCUUUAAACGAUUUGUGGAGCCAGGUUUAAGUAGGUGGUCACAGUUCAUUUUUUUCUUACUUUUAGGGCAUGGGGAAAUAUUCUUCAAAUACAUAUUCAGAUUUUGCUAACAGGUUACUUGUGCUCACACGGUAAUACUGCAUGUUCUACCUAAUUUAAACCGAAGAAAACAACUGAUAUGUUAUGAGUCGAUAGGCAAAAUAUAUCAGUUGUUUUAAGCUCUUUCUGUUCCAACGCUACCCAUGUCCUUUGUAUAUGGAAUUCCAUAUUAUCUAUUAUGAUUCUGUGCCAUAGUGAAGGCUUAGCAGUUCAAUGUCAUAACUCCUUCUUGUAUAAUACUGCUUGAUAACAGAGUGAAGUAGGUUAGAUAUAGAAGCAGACCAAGGUGUGUUGAUAAGAAGUGUUUUGGAAUGUAAUCCCAUUCGUUGGAGGCCUGAGCAACAGUUGUUCUGGGUGACAGGACCUAUGGAUGGUUUGGGCAUACUUUUCGGUUGCCUUCUUAUCGUCCACGCCAAGGCGUUCUUGGUGGACGAUGCACCGUUCAGGAACACGAAGCUGUCAUGGGAAGAGAGAGUUGAGGACCUAGUCAAGAGGCUAACACCCCAGGAAAUAGCUGACCAGAUGCUUCACGGGGGAACGGACGCCUCUCCGGCCAUUACCAGACUUGGAAUCCCACGUUAUUCCUGGGACACUGAGUGCCUGAGAGGGGACGCUUUUGCCGGAGAGGCCACGGGCUUUCCGCAGGCCAUAGGACUAGCAGCAGCCUGGAAUCCUAGGCUGAUCCGUGAAGUGGCCGAGGCCAUUUCUGUGGAGGUACACGCUAAAUAUAAUGACUACGUGAAGCGCAAUCAGUACGGUAUGUACAAAGGUAUCAGCUGCUUCAGUCCGGUCAUUAACAUUAUGAAGCAUCCUCUCUGGGGAAGGAACCAGGAGACGUAUGGUGAGGAUCCUUAUCUCAGUGGAGUUUAUGCUCAGAACUACAUUUGGGGUCUCCAAGGCAACCAUUCACGCUAUAUCCGAACUAACGCCGGAUGUAAACAUUUCGCGGUGCAUGCUGGUCCCGAAGACAACCCUGUGUCAAGAUUUGGGUUUGAUGCAAAGGUUAGUGAAAGGGAUCUGCACGUAACCUUCCUGCCUCAGUUUCGGAUGUGCGUCCAAGCUGGGACUUACAGCAUUAUGUGCAGUUACAACCGAAUAAACGGUGUACCGGCCUGUGCUAACAAGAAGCUGCUCACUGACAUACUGAGAAAGAAAUGGGGGUUUCAAGGCUAUGUCAUCAGUGACCAGGAGGCCCUGGAGAAUAUCAUCGGCUGGCAUAAAUACAUCAACAACAACGUGGACACUGCUGCCGCCUGUGUAAAUGCGGGGUGCAAUCUGGAGUUGUUCGGACCUUACCCUAAUGCCCCACAACCCGUGUAUACCGCAAUCUAUGAAGCGUUCAAGCAGGGUAAGAUAUCCGAGGCAACUCUCCGUGAGAGAGUAAAACCCCUUUUCAUGACUCGGAUGAGACUGGGAGACUUUGACCCCAAAUCCAUGAACCCGUACAGUAAACUGGAUCUGUCCGUUGUACAGAGUCAACCUCACAGGAGCUUGGCUGUCAAAGCAGCCAUCGAGUCUAUUGUUCUCCUCAAGAACGUUAAUGGUUUCCUGCCACUCCCGAAGAAACAUUACAGAAAAAUUGCGAUUGUUGGACCAAUGGCGAAUAACCGUAACCAACAGUUUGGAGACUACACGCCUGACGUUGACGCCAGGUUCACCAGUACACCCUUCACCAGUCUGAAGACACUGGCAGAUAUUGGCAGUUUGGGGCAGGGCUGUUCAGAUAACCGCUGUACACAGUAUAACCAGGGCGAGGUCCUGGACUCAAUGAAGAACUCCGAAAUUGUCGUCGUCUGCCUGGGAACAGGAGUUGACAUAGAAACAGAAUCCAAAGACCGUCGGGAUCUUAAUCUUCCUGGAAAUCAGUUAAGGAUUCUUCAAGACGUCGUUACACACAGUAACGGGGCACCGGUCAUCUUAUUGCUGUUCACGGGCGGACCUAUCGACAUCUCCUGGGCCGAAUCUAAUCCUAGCGUCAAAGCUAUCAUUCAGUGCUCAUUUUCCGCUGAGGGCACUGGGGAAGCCCUGCGGAAAGUGCUGAUUUUCGAAUCGAAUGUGGGACCAGCCGGGAGAUUACCAUACACAUGGUACAAGAGUUUGAAUCAGCUUGGUUCCAUGACUGACUACAGCAUGACGGGGAAGACAUACCGUUAUUUUACAGGGGAACCUCUGUAUUCAUUCGGUUACGGCUUGUCUUACUCAACAUUCCGCUACAGCGAUCUCCGUGUUCAGCAUUCCACGCUACACGCUGGUGAUAAGCAGACAGUAACUGUCAAGGUGACGAACACCGGAAACAGAGUCUGUGACGAGGUUGUGCAAGUGUACAUCUCCAGGAGGAAUCCAUCACAGGCCAUGCCACACCUACAGCUGUCCGGGUUUGACCGAGUAGAGGGCCUCCAGCCACACAGCUCCCGCAUUGUGAACUUUGACCUCUAUCAGGACCAUCUAGCUGUGUGGCACGAUGACCGGGGAUUCGUCAUAGAGCCAGGCCGGAUUGAUGUGUAUGUUGGCGGACAGCAGCCCAAUCAACACAAGAAGGGUAACUCUAAUGUCCUCCAGUCCACCUUCACUAUUACCGGGACGAAGGUGCUGGGGAAACACUAACGGGAUGUGUUUACCAAAACGAGCAAUGUUUCAAGUC